AUGUAUAUACACCAAAUUCCACAAAGAAAGCGAUUGGAAAGCUGCCGACAAUUAGAGUACACUCGAAGCUAUACUCAUAGCAAUCUAACUUUCUACCGAGAUGAAAGCCUUCCGCAUUUUAUCGCAGCCCUGCUUUGUGUUUCGGGUUUCCACCAUGUCAUUGCUCUUCCUGUAACCGAUUCUUCGGUCCUACAACCGCGCUCCAAUAUCGGAGACACAAAGAACAAUCCAAUCCGAGCAGAGGUUGAGAUCCGCGGAGAGGAUGCUCUGUCUUACGAUGUUGACUGCUGGGCCAUGCUAUGCAAUGGGAAGCCUGCAGUAAUGCAAAAGGUGAGCCAAAGGACAGCCGACAAGAACCGACAGGUAAAGUUCGGCAGUGCGGCCAAGAAACAACCAUUCGCAAACCGAGCCAAGUAUGGGAUACAAGCCAGCCCUGCAACAAGUGCCUGGGCGGAUCAUCAGCCCUGGAAAUCUGCGGAGGAAUUUACUUUUGCAUCAACUGCUGAUGGUGGGAAAAAUGCAAUCCUGGUCGGAGUCACGGACAACUCGCAGGAAGAGCAGAAACACCCCUUGCAUACCUUAUACCAUGCAAACCAAACUCGGGCAUAUAACGAGACCUCGAAAAGCUCAGUAAGGUCGUGGUUCGAGAUUACGAGGCCGUACUGCAAGGCAUACAAUGCCAAAGACAUGAAAGUCUGCAGUGCGAGCACCAAGGUCAUUGGUAACUGGGAGUUUGAUGUGGCCGAGUAUGCUCACAUUUACAACCACCUGAAAAAGAAGUUUGAAUAUGUGGGGAGAUGA